AUGAAGCGUUUCGCCCGCAGCAUCAGAAAAUGUUUGGGACGACGCCGCCGCAACCGCCGCAACCGCAGUGUUGACUCGGAUUCCGACGGCCCAAUACUCCCCCGAACUGAAGCGGCGCCUGAAAAUGCAUCGUAUCAGAACCCACCGCAGCUGGCUUACCCUGCGCCUUUUGUACCCCAAGCCCCAGCGCCGCCCCAAGCCCCAGCGCCGCCCAAAGCCCCAGCGCCGCCCAAAGCCCCAGCGCCGCCCAAAGCCCCAGCGCCGCCCAAAGCCCCAGCGCCGCCCAAAGCCCCAAAGCCAGCUAAAUCUCAACAGGAGGUCGUCAAUGACAGUGAAGGUAACAGCAGCGAUGCAGCAUACCCCCAACUCCCGCCGUCAAGAGACCGUUCUCACACGGGCAUCACGCCUGAAAUGAGUGAUGUCGAUAUUAACGACGCCAGUGAUGAUGAAAUAAGUGACCAUGCCUCUCCCCGGGGAUUUGUCAGUGAUAUUGAAAUGCCAGAUGCCGCACCUGGCGAUGAAUUAUUGAACUACCCUUUCGAAGACUUCUUAUCCCACCCUCAGGUCCAACAGGAUGAUCCUUCUGGUGAAGGUGCAAGUGAGUCUUCAUCCGACGAUUACUUGUACUUCGGUCAUGUGCCAACCACGUCUGGGGCCGCGGCCCAGUCUGAGGGUCAAAUUCUGCAAGGGGGCCUUUGGGAGAGCGCACCGGAGAGCCGCUCAUCUGACAGCAGGAAGCGGACGCACGCACAUAUUGAGGAUGUAGAUCAGGAAUCGGGUCAAGCUUCCUCUUCUAAUAAGUGUCCGCGUCUUACGGGUGUGGAGGGUUCCCAGGAUGAAGACGUACAACUUCCUGCUGGUCCUCAACUAGCUUUUCCAGCACCAUCCUCUGCUCCGCCAGUUAACAGUUCCACUAAUUCCACUUGGAACACGGACGAAGCGCUGUGUGCCACGCCUAUGGCAGCGACAGUCGACGAAUGCAGAGCAAAAGGAGCUCAACUACAAGCUUGGUUAGAAGAUCCAAACGAACCAAACUGCAAUAUUGACCCGGCGACCCAAACUAUAGACUACUUGAUGACCCAAGCCCCGGACCAAGAUCGCUUCAGAUGCCAAGACAGUUAUCACGAAGAUCUGGGUGAUCUUAUGGAUGGAGGCGAACCCGAGACGACGGGGCUCCCUACUACCGGUGAAAAGUACCGUGUGACAACAUUCUCCAACACAGUCAGGGACCAAGAGAUCCUAGCCGACCGUAUGAAUAACUAUCUGGAGAAUAUGUACUCACACAAAGUCGGACCAGGCCUGCUUGUUGGUAAAUCUAUUUUUCGGUACGAUAACAUUCAGUGGAAUGAAUUGGCCAGGGCUGUGUAUACACUGGACCAUCCCAUGGACACUUUGAGGUAUGUUAUGUUUACCCAGGUCGUCAAUGACUCGACUGCACCAUAUAUCAGGCGUGUACUCUACCCCAGUCGUGGACUCAUUUUAGAUUCUUCGGAUGGCCUGGAACCCGUAAAAGUCGAACGUGGCACUGCUGAGUAUCAGGAAAUCCUCGGCACAAAGUUGGGCAAAGCAGUUGCCAUCCUUCUCAUAUCAUCUCUCCCCAGAGGUACAAAAUGUAUCUCUCGAGUAGUCAUCUGGUAUAAGUCGUACCAACUCAUGGUGAGAUUUGAGAUUGAGCCCUUGACUGCUAACGCAGAUGAUCACCAGCAACUGCACAGCAUUGAUUGA